AAAUAAACAAAUUUAUAGGAAGUGCUUUCAUCUUGUUAGAGGUAAAAGCUGUGUCAAAUGUUCCACGAAUAUUUUCAAAAAAUUGCAAUUUUUCCUUCUUUACAGUUCUGUAAAGGUCGGUAACAAGAAUCUGGGUUUGAUUUUCUGACAAGCAUGUCGUUGAAUAUAGAUGAAAAACUAGGAGACAAAGGCGGAGGUAGUAGCCGUGAUCCAGCUGCGGGCGACUCGAGCCAACGUGAUGCGUAUACCAGAAAACCCCUUAGGUCACCUAAACCUGGAAUUGAUGCCGAUUACCGUACACCGCCACCAGCUCAGGGAACUUAUUCCCAGUCUUCCCAAUCUUGGAGCCAGACUGUACAGACUGCUGCUAACUCAAUGUCGUCACUUUCAGUGAAUGCACCAGUGUUCGUUCCGAUGGGAUACUCCACUGCCACUACCCCACAACAGAAUUUUGUUGGUUACAAUGAAUUUGAAGGAUUAAAAACAAAUAGACCAGCAAUAUUAUCUGUGAGUAAAAAUGAGAAUGAUGAAACAAGAUUAUUAAAAGAUUCCAUGUUUAAGUUGAUGUCUAGCCCUGCAUCCUUCGAUGACCUUCUGAAAACAUUGACCAGUAAAUUUAAUCAGUCAGUUCGUGAUGAGAAAAGUCUUCUUGAAAUUAUCAGAAUAAUUUAUGAACUGUCUGUAGAACAAGUUAAUUUUAGAUACACAGGUGCAAGAAUGUGUAAUUAUUUAUCAAGGCAUAUGAAUGUGGAGACAGAUAGUGGUACGUUUAGGCAGCAUCUACUGAAAAGGCUACAUCAAGAAUUUGAAAAAAAAGAUGAGAGCAUAAGAAAUCCUCAAACCAUUCCAAGACUUCUUGGCUUUACUUUAUUUGUUGCAGAACUUUUUGAAAAUUUUGAGAUUAUUGUGAAUGAUCAGCCAGAAAGACUCCAUGUACUCAGAGAAGCAUUGGGAGAUUUGAGUCUGACACUCCUCAGUCACCCGCAGGAUGGUAAUAUAAAAUGCGUCAUAAAUGUUUUAAAGUUAACUGGUUCAAAUCUAGAGCACUGUGAAAGAAAGAAAACCGGUUCUUCCAAAUAUAUGGAUGCAAUAUUUGUGAAAGUUAAUGAGCUCUCGACAAGUGACAAAAUCAACAUCUCAAUCAGAGAGAUGUUAAUGAAACUGUUGUUGUUAAGAGCAGUUGGAUGGAAUAGAGACGAAGAAACACCAAAAGCAGAGCCACCUGCUCAGGCAGCUUCUGCGCCAGCUCAAGAAUUCAGUAAUGAACCAAUAUUUUUUGCUCCAGAUGGCAGACAAAUCUCUGCCCAAGAAGCAGGUUUCUAUAAUUAUGAUGAGUAUGAUGAAGAGUACUAUGGUAAUGAUUAUGAAGUUGAUUAUCAACAAUGGUCCAAUGAAGAUGAUGAGUACUAUGAAAAUGCAAUUGUAUUAGAUGAAGAAGCCUGUGCUGACUAUGAACAAUUUUUGAGAGAAACCACUGGUGGAUAUUCAUAG